AUGCGUCGACUUCUCUAUGUGCACGUAUUCCUAUGCUGCCUCAGUAUGGCUCAUUCCUUCUGUCCAUCCCAAUGCACCUGUGUCUUUCAUGGACGUACCGAUGGCGCCGGAACCAGAUCUGUCCUCUGCAAUGAUCCAGACAUGUCUGAUAUUCCUGUCAAUGUCCCUGUGGAUACGGUCAAACUACGCAUUGAGAAAACCGCAGUAAGGCGAAUUCCAACAGAAGCUUUUUAUUACCUGGUGGAGCUACGGUACCUGUGGAUUACUUACAAUUCUAUAACCUCUGUGGAUACGGGAAGUUUCUACAACCUCAAGGUGCUCCAUGAGCUGAGGCUGGAUGGAAAUAUGAUCUCUAUGUUCCCCUGGGAGUCUCUGAAAGAGAUGCCUAGGCUGAAGACACUGGAUCUACACAACAACAAACUCACCAAUGUUCCCACUGAAGCAAUACCCUACCUCCUCAACAUUACCUACUUGGAUCUAUCCAGCAACAAAUUGACCACCCUUCCCUCUGAACUCAUGGAUAUCUGGCCCCCCUUCAAUGGAGCACCUGUUUCUACUAAUGCUUCCCAGAAAGUUGUGUUAGGCCUGCAAGAUAAUCCCUGGUACUGUGACUGUAAAAUCUCCAAGCUGAUUGAGAUUUCUAAAAUGGCUGACACCCCAGUGGUUUUGAUGGACCUAUUCCUGACCUGCAGUGGGCCCGAGAAUCUGGCUGGUGUCCUUUUUCAACGUGCUGAACUUGACAAUUGUGUAAAACCAUCAGUCAUGACUUCAGCAACCAAGAUCACAUCCCCUUUGGGCAGCAAUGUUCUUCUGCGAUGUGACGCCACAGGGUUCCCAACACCAACUCUUUACUGGGCUAAGUCAGACGGCUCCCUGGUCAACAACACAGUCCAGGAAUCACCUGGGGAGGGCAUCAGAUGGUCCAUCAUGAGCUUGCAUGGAAUUUUGUACAAAGACGCUGGGAACUACAGCUGCAAAGCAAAGAAUGUUGCUGGCAAUGCAGAAGCCACAAUUUCUCUCUCGGUUGCCGGUACCAUCAGUACAACCAUUCCUCCAUCCCUUCCUCCAAGUAUUGAAACUGGUCCAACCAGCCAAGACACAACAUUUACUUCCCCAACAGACAUUCCCAACUCACCCUCCAUCACACCAACAGCUCUCUCUAAAACAUCAACAACACUCUUAGCUGUCCCUAAGAAGCCAAAAACUACCCCCAGCACCAGUAUACAGAAAGGCUCACCCAAACAAGGAAAAAUUCAGCAAGGAAGUAAUGGAAGAAAGCUUGCAGCAGAUGAAAAGAGUAAGAAAACUGAUGCAUCAAAGUCUGUUAAAGACCUUAAGAUUGUAGAAGAAACAUCAGACACUGCUGUUUUGCUCUGGACAGCCGAUGGGUUACCAAGUGAUGCUCCCCUCACAGUUGUAUAUUCACCCUAUGGUGAGGAUGACAUCAAAAGGACGGUGGAGACUAAUGCUGGCAGUGGAAAAGUGUUGCUAGAAGGUCUAUCAUCUGGAAUGAGGUAUUCUGUUUGCCUCGUAGCAAAAAGUGGUGCUGCUGGAAAAGAUCCUUGCAUUGACUUCUAUACACUGGACAAUGUAGAGGAUGGUGGGCAGAACCAGCUUUUCAUGAUCAUAAGCAGCAUUGCCUGUGCACUGGUUUUGCCUCUUAUUGCAUUGUUGCUCUACAAGAUUGUUGCUCUGUACUGCAAAGGACGCAACUCAAGUCUGGAUGAAGAAGAGCUUGAAAAAGAGAGCUAUGUCAAGUUUGAGACAAUUUCAAUGAAACAAAGGACCUUGAACUCUCACCCGACAGAGCUUUGGGCUAGGAGACAGACUCAAGAAUCAGAGCGAAUGCUCCUGUGUUCCAGAUCAAGCAUAGAUUCCCAGAUGACUUAUAAGAGUGACAGUUCCCGGUCUGAGUAUCUCUGCUGACACCAUGGAUGCCAGGAACCCAUGGCAAAUGCCU